AUGGCUGCCGUUGCUGCUUGUCCCGUCGUUGGCACGACCAACGAUACUCUUCCUCCAUCUCACCCGGAGAUUGAUCUCUCCAAGCCAGGCCAGAUCUGCCCUGUCGUCGGUGCCAAGACCGAUCAUCACCUGAAUCUUCACAAGCACCCUCAAGUCCCUCUCCCUGCCGGCCACCCCGAGGCCAGCCAGGCAGAUGCUCAAAAGUGCCCAGUGCUCAACAAGGCCGUGAACGAGCCCGAGAGCCAGGCCAUGGACGACAAGAUUUGCCCAGUCGUGGGUACCGCUACGACUGUCCUGCCUCCGGACCACCCCAGUACGGCCAACGCAGCCGAGGGCGAUGUUUGCCCCGUCACAAAGGCCACUGUAGGCCACCACAAGAACAAGGUCACCACGCACCCGUCUGUUGAUGCUGCCGAGGCUGACGCCGUCUGCCCAGUCACUGGUGCAAAGGGUCCUAGACACUAA